UCAGUGCAGAAGCAGAGGAGCAGCUACAGCUGUCCUUUUAAAGUUGACUAUCCGGUUCUUCAUGUGACUGAAAGUCGGGUGUUACAAUUAAAAUCGAAACCAUAGAAACAUAAACGCUCGUGAUCUGGGGCAGCAGAGUGGGGCCUUCACUGACGGUCGCUUUCAGCUUAAUGACGAUGAUGAUGCCGAAGGGGCAGAAGCGCAAACUAUCAAUAGAGGAGGAGGCUUCAGACUACAGAGCUCCCACCUGGGAGAGCCAGCAGCAGUUUCUGCUCACAGUUUCCCUCAACAAGUAUCAGUUCUCCCAGCAGCUACGUGAGCCCAGCCUGCGACGGUCCGUCCUGAUAGCCAACACCCUGCGGCAGAUCAGCCUGCAGAUGUCUAUGGUACCAUCAGUCAACGUGGAGGUGUCAGAACCUCCAGGUAUUGCUUCAUCUGCACUGACAGCAAGUAUUGCCGCUGCAGCAAAACGUCAUUCUGCUGUAACGGUUGACAGCUGCUCAGCUCUGGCCACCUGCCCCAUGGUUUCCUUAAAUUACUCACCAAAUUCUACUGAAAAGACAAACUACUCGAGUGAAUCAAAUUUCCAUAUCAGUAUAGAGGAUGAUGAGGACUGGGGAUCGAUGUCCACUGAUACUGAUUCAUCUCUUUCAGCUGUCAUUUCCUCUAUUCUUGCCGCACUGGACUCUACUAUAGACGGGAAUCCUCAGCCAGCUCCACGGAUACCCCUCAGGCCCUUGGAGAACAUGUCCAAGCCCUAUGAGGGAAGCGUGGCCUUGGUAAAUCACGGUCUCAGAGAUCCCGGUGACUGCAGGGAGCAGCAAGAAGACGGCAGCAUGGAGGUAAUGAGGUCCAGCUACCUUGGGGAUUUCACUGUGGAGGACUUGUUCCAGGAUAUAGACACAUCCCUGGUGGACAUAGACAUGGGAGUGAUUGGGCACAGAAGCACUGAAGGUGGACACACAGCUGGGGAUGACCUGUUUAUGUACCUGCCACCUUUCUCCCCCCACUCCCCUUUCUCACCACACUCUAUAACACCCACCUCCCAAAAUGCCCAGCCUGCUCUGAUUGGCCAGUUGGCAUGAUGAAUACAAGGCAACACUUAUUAUGUAUAGUGACUGUUGUAAGCCCCCUAAGAGCUGUCGACCGCCUUUAAAACAGUAUCUUUGGGUUAACUGUGGAACGACUACUUGUUUAAAAAAAACAUUUUGUGAAAUGUGGCCCUCAUUUAAGAAUUUUGAUGUUGUUAUUUUUGUGUAUGAAUUUUUAAAUUCAGCUAUCCUUUACACAAAACUACAGCGCUCCUAAAGUCCUGUAAAGGUUCUUUCUUUCUUUUAUUAAAAUCCUGUGUGCACAAGCUUUUUUAAAAAUGUGCAAACAGGACAAAUAAGUCGCUGGACUAAUGUUAAAAAAGAGGAGGAAAGAAAUCACCUCACUGGACUUUAAGGUGUCUGUACAACACUGAGAAAAAUAACAAUUAUGGAUUUAAUCCAUUUUAAGUACAAAUUAAUGGUUUGUACAUUACUUCGCAGUCUAAUGAUGAUCUCGAGGGGGCAGAAGCAUAAACCCUCCCCCUCAAUCCAAGUCUGAUGUACCCAUCUUCACUCUCCACCAGCAUCUGCUUCAGUCUCUUAUCAAAAUCUUGUGAGGGGAAGGAAUUAGCUCGAGCAUCUUUAUCAUAAACUCUGGUAGAGUUUAUAAAAACGGCUUGCGUGCAUGAACACCCUUCACUUGCCGUCUGCUCUGUCCUCUGUCGAUCAUUACACAGCCUUUAACCGCGGGGACAGGUAAAGGUCUGUGCACUGUCUCAGCACAGCUCUGCCAGUUAAUGUUGAGGACAUUCAGGCCCGCAGUGCAUGUGUGAGCUACUGUGUUUUCAGUAAAGCUCUGGGUACAUCCACAUUAAUACAAUUUAGUUUUAAACUGUAACCUUAACUGUGUUUGGACCUAACAAUCACACCGCUAUAGAAGACGCCUAACACUGAGAGUUUUUAAAAAUGCAGUCUGAGCUUGGAUUAUUUUUUUUAAUGGUCGGCGGUGAUGGAGCAGGCAGACAUGCUUGUUUUCUAAUGUGUCAGAAACGCGUGUCUGCACGGAGAUCUUUUUCCUUUUAAAGGACCAUUUUAAGAUUUGCAUUAGUCCUCGGUGUGCCUUCUUUCUCUUUACACCGACGCAGGCUCGCUCAGUUUACCUGAGCAGUCAGCAUGCUAGUUUAGACGAGUGGUUCUCAAACUGCGUGGCAUUGAUAACAGGGUGAAAAAUUCUAAUGAAACUUUUGUUUUUUUUUCCCUUUGUUGGGUGGAGGAAUAAGUUUGAUGCUGUUGCACUGAUGAUAUGCACCUUGUAUAAGUAAAAUCCAACUUUUUUUCCCCCCCUUUUGUUAUUUGUUAGGGAUU